AUGGUCGGCGCAAAGACCGGGCUGCCGGGAAUGGAUCUCGCGAUCUUCCCCGGAAUACAGCACGCACGGGAUCAUGUACGACCGCAAGGAGAUGUUCGACACGGCGUCCGAUAUCCCGGGGCCGGAGACCGAUAUUUCGCCGAGGCGUGUCGCGAGGCGAACACCUGGGGCGUCUUCUCGCUGACCGGCGAGAAGCACCCGGAUCACCCCAACAAGAACCCCUACAACACCCUCAUCCUGAUGAACAACGAGGGCGACAUCGUCCAGAAAUACCGCAAGAUCCUGCCCUGGUGCCCGAUCGAAGGCUGGUAUCCCGGCAACAACACCUAUGUGAGCACCGGGCCCAAGGGCAUGAAGAUCAGCCUCAUCAUCUGCGAUGACGGCAACUAUCCCGAGAUCUGGCGCGACUGCGCGGUCAAGGGCGCCGAGCUGAUCGUCCGCUGCCAGGGCUACAUGUACCCGGCGAAGGACCAGCAGAUCAUGAUGGCGAAGGCGAUGGCCUGGUCCAACUGCUGCUAUGUGGCGGUCGCCAACGCCGCCGGCAACGACGGCGUCUACACCUAUUUCGGCCACUCGGCGAUCGUCGGCUUCGACGGCCGCACCCUCGGCGAGUGCGGCGAGGAGGAGUACGGCAUCCAGUACUCCCAGCUCUCCGUCUCGCAGAUCCGCGAUUCCCGUGCCAACGAUCAGGCGCAGAACCACCUAUUCAAGCUGAUGCACCGGGGCUACACGGGCGUCUAUGCCUCGGGCGACGGCGACAAGGGCGUGGCCGAGUGCCCCUUCGACUUCUACCGCACCUGGGUCGAGGACCCGCGCCGGGCGCAGCAGAUGGUCGAGGCCAUCACGCGGGAUUCGAUCGGCGUGACGGGCUGCCCCGUCGAUGGCAUCCCCCUGCCGCAGAAGAUGGCGGCGGAGUAG